CUAUUUUUUCUACGAAUGGGGACCCUAAUCUUUCAAAAAGCUGCGACGUUUACCCUUCCGUCCAAAAUCGUGAAAAACUUGACGGAACACGCUGACAUGGCUUCCACGUGGAUUAACUGGCUCGAAUUAAAAAAAAAAAACCAAAUAAAAAACUCACGUGACUUGCACGUGAUGUGCCAACAUAAAUCCCCAAAUUGGGAUUCAAGCCUAAUCUCACCCCAUUAUCCUUAUAUCCAAUUUAGAGAGAAGCUUGAAUCAGUGAUUGAUUCUUGCCCGACGCGAUUAUUCUACAUGGCAGGGUCCUCAACGCGUGGUGGUCGAGGAGGCAAAGGAAGAGGAAAACCGAGGCAGGACAAGGUGAAACGGAACCCGACAGCGACAAGGACAAGGAAUCGUGGAAAAAACAAAGGGAAAGGGGAAGCGAAAGGUGUGGUCCAGGAAGAAAGCACAUGGGAGAAGGGCACAUUUGGUGGGAACGAGAAAGGGAAAGUUGUGGUCCCUGAAAAUAAUGACACUCAGAUAAGGUCCAGUAAUGAUGAGAAUGUAUCGACUUUUCAUCUUUGGUAUAGGGGAAAGUUUGUUAAAACUCCUAAUUCAGCUAGGUACGUUGAUGGAGAAUGUCUAACAUUACCUGGGUGGGAUAUAGACAAUAUCAGCUCAAUUGAUGUGGGUAAUAUUGUGAAGAGUUUUGGGUAUAUUGAGGGUGAAUUUAAGCUGUGGUAUAAACACUCUCGAAUAGGUCUGUUAAAUGGAUGUAGACCAUUCAAUAAUGACAAGGAUGUAAUCCAAUUCCUUAAUGAUGUGAAGGGACAUAAUGAACACACUUUGUUAGUUCAACAUUUAGUACCUUUAGUGGAGAAACCAAGGACUGAUAUUGGGGUUAAUGAUGCUGAGGCAGUGUUGUGUGAGGUAAUUAAAGAGGGAAGUGGGGCUGGUGAGGUAAUAAAAGAGGGUGAAAGGGUUGGUGAAGCUGUUAAAGAGGGUGAAAGGGCUGGUGAGGAUGUGGCUGAGUAUAUUGAGGGAAGUGUUGAUACAGAUGGAGAAGAUGACAGUAAUGUGUCAUUAGAUGACAGUGAUUAUGAUGAGAGGUGGGAUUGGAUGGCAUUUGUGUCCAACUAUGAAGCCGAGGAGGGUGGCAUAGAAGAUGAAGAUGAAGAUGACCAAGAUGAAUUUCAACCUAGUGAAUUUGCUGAUUUUGAGUAUGAAGAUUGGAGUUCAGAUGACUUGGAUACACCCCCUGGUAGUGAUGAGGAUGCUGAAGAUGUACAAGAAAGAAUUAAGUACCCCAAGUUUAAAUUGGGACCCGAUGGUUCAGAAGUGAAGUUUCAGCUUGGGCAGACUUUCACAAAUUCAAAGCUUUUUAGGACAGCAGUUAGAGAGUAUGCUCUCAAAUAUAGGAAGAAUCUGAUAAUUUACAAAAGUGAGAGGACAAGGGUUGUUGUUAAGUGUGACGGGGAGUGUACAUUUUACUGUAGGUUGUCUAAGUAUGUGGGUGACAAUUUUUGGAAGAUUGUGUCCUUAGUAGAUACACAUUCUUGUUGCAGAAGCUCAAAAAAUAGACAUGCACGACCAAAGAUAUUAACCAAAAAAUUACUCCCAACCAUAAGGCAUACCCCUAAAAUGAAGUUGAAGGCUAUUAUUGGUGAGUGUCAGAAUAGGUGGGGUGUUGUUUUGAAUAUAUAUCAGGCUGGCAGGGUUAGGAAAGAAGCUCUUAAAUUGAUUCAUGGGGCUGAACAAGAGCAAUAUACCCAUCUAAGAAGCUAUGCAGAUGAGUUGCUUAGGAGUAAUCCCAACAGUACAAUGAUCAUCAAGACUGAAAUGGGAGAAGAUGGCCCAGUUUUCCAGAGGAUGUAUGUUUGUUUUGCAACAUGUAAGCUGGCUUUUGCAAGAAAUUGCAGACCACUCAUAGGCCUAGAUGGGUGUUUUCUGAAGGGGGUUUAUGGUGGUCAGUUGCUUGCUGCAGUUGGCAAAGAUGGGAACAAUCAAAUGUUCCCUAUUGCAUUUGCAGUAGUAGAGACAGAAAUGAAGGAUUCUUGGCAAUGGUUCAUGGAGCUGCUGAUGGAGGACUUAAACACUAUUAGGCAGAGGGAGUGGACUUUUAUUUCAGACCAACAAAAGGGACUAGUUCCUACUCUUCAAGGUUUGGUCCAUAAUGUAGAUCACAGAGUGUGUGUGAAACAUGUUUAUGGCAAUUGGAGGAAAAAAAUACCCAGGUGAAGAGAUGAAAAGUUGCCUAUGGUCAGCUGCUAGAGCCAACACUAUACCACAUUUUGAAAGGUCUAUGGAGAGCAUAAAAGAAAUGGAUGAACAAGCAUGGAAGGAUAUGAUGGACAUUCAACCUUAGCAGUGGUCCAGAUCUCACUUUAGCACAACUCCAUUGUGUGAUCUACAAGUCAAUAACAUGUGUGAGGCAUUCAACAGAGCAAUACUUGAAUAUAGGGAUAAGCCUAUAAUCUCAUUGAUUGAAGGGAUAAAAGACUACAUAAGCUCAAGGAUUGUGAAGCAGAGGCAGCUCAUGAAUAGAUAUAUGGGAGACAUUUGUCCCAUGAUUCAACAAAAACCGGAAUUGAAUAAGGAAAUAGCAGAGGGCUGGUCUACUAAAUGGAUGGGAGAUACAGAACAUUCAACCUUUCAAGUCACCAAUGGGGUAAGCCAGUAUGGAGUUGAGUUAAAAGACAGGCACUGUGCAUGCAGAAGAUGGGAGUUAUCUAGAAUUCCUUGCGCUCAUGCCAUUACUUGCAUGUGGUACAACAAUACACAACCUGAACACUUUGUGGACAAUUGUUACAGGAGGGACAACUUUCUUGCAACCUACUCAUACAUCAUCAUGCCAACAAAUGGUCCAAAGUUAUGGUCACGCAGUAACCUUCUGUAACACCCCGAUUUCCAGGUGUCACUUUAGUAACCAAAAAUAAACUUUACGCGGAAAACAGAUAUUUUUUUUUUUCCGUUUGAUUCCUUUUGAAAUAAAGCAAUAGAAAAUAAAGAAAUAACCCAACAACUAAACUAAUCGAUAUACAAAUAUAUACACAUGUACAGCCUCAGCUGUACUCCCACGUCACGCGCACUCGCAGUGACUCCAAAGAAGUGUGCCCGCAUGCAAAUAUAUACAGAACCAGAACUGUAAGUAAAAGUAUCAGAUAUACAGUCAUCCAAGAGAAAGUCGGCACCCAAAAAUGGCCUGAACAAAAGACCCCUAUACUCCGACAGACUCUCUGUGAUUCCUCAUCAAAAGAACCACACAAAAAGCCACACAUCGGGAACCUACCCUGUCCCAAAAAGUAAGACGAUUAGAGCUCUACACAAAAAAUGACGCUAGCCAAACCUACCCUCCCAGUCCAGCUCAUAGCUCCUCUUCCUCCUCAUUGCUGCUCGGCGAGGAGCUGUCCCCACUGCUCUCGGAGUCAGAGUCGGAAUCCACCGUAAUCAUCUCGGUGUCCAAGUCCACGACCUCCCUCCUAACGGUCCUGCGCGCCGUCCUAGUCGAGCCGGUCUCAACAUCCACCUCUCCUGUAAGAACAUCCUCCUCCACUACCCUAACCAAGGGGUCCACACGGUAGCCGUGCGGUGAAGAGAAAGAAAAGAGACGUGAGGCAGAUGGGACAACAGACUCCCUCUUCGGCCGCACAAGCCUAGAGGACGACGCCACGUCGGUAGGAUCAAUGGCAGUAGCAGGAGGUGGCGCAACAGGUGCAGCAACAACAGGCUCGAUCUCCGCUGGGUCCUCGUCAUCAGAAGAUGAAGCAGGAGGUGGUGCAGGUGGUCCUCGACCAGUACCUGGUCCACAGUGAACUGAGGGCGGCAAGUCAAAGCUCAGCUCCAUACGUCGUAGCACUCCUCUCGUCAAGCGUCCUCGCUCAUCCGUCCGGUCCUCCAUGACCCUUCCCCGGUACGUCGCUCGGUGACCCGCAACAUCGAUCACCCAAGCGGUGGGGGCAUGACGGUCCACCAGCUCAUACCUGAUCCCCCCCGAGGGCACUACACCAAAAAUAGCCUUUUACAGCGCUUAAAUUUACCCUUUUACAGCAGUUUUUGACUGUUCCGAACCGCUGUAGAUCUUGCCGCUGUAAAUAAGUUUACAGCGGCUCGAACCGCUGUAAAAGAUUCCUUAAUUACAGCGGUUCCUAUUCAUAAACCGCUGCAAAUACAUAUGUACAAUAGCGGUUACUCCAUAAUAACCGCUGUACUUAAGCAAUCUUUUACAGCGGUUUCCUAACACCAACCGCUGUAAUUGAGUCCUCCAUUUUAAUUUUUUUUGGUUGCCCAUGAACGGUACCUAUUCAGCCAAAAGUUACUAAACACAGCAUAUUGAAACUUCUGCAUAUCAAAACCAAUAUAUAUAUAAUGACUACCAGCUAUAUCACAAGGCAAAAGGUACUUAGCAGCUACAAUAUCACAAAGAUUACCUUGUACUUACAUAUUAAAAUGACUAGAGUAUACAAUGUAAAGUCAAAAAAAUAAAAAACAGAGACACAUGAGUAAUUUGUCAGUGCAACAGUUCUGCAAACAAUGUCUUUCUACUACAAAAGCACUACAAUUUUCAUGUAUCUAAGGUACACUACUACAGAAAACCUCAUAUGAAGUCAACUCUAACUCGACAUUGUUUCAGAGCUAACAUGUUUUGAAGCAUAAUCCAAAGGUGCACCACCAUCUAUAGCAUUCUCCAUUUUCCAUAUCCUAGAAGAAAAUCAAAGGAAUUUGACAAUUUUAGCAUGCAGAUAGUUGUAAUUCUCAACUAUCUAGUACAAAGAAAGUAGCAAAUAUUAAAGUCCAAUCCUAGCAUGUAGUUCUUUUCAGCUUCCAUUAAACAUAACUGCAAAUCAUGAUUGGGAUUCACCAAUGAAAUGCAAAUGAGCAACAAAUUGUUUCACAUAUCCAAUUACUAACUUACCUUCUCAAAUGGCACUAGCUCAAACUCAUAAUUACAGUGGAGUUAGGAGGAACCACUAGCUAACCUUCCCAACUAGUUUCACUGCAAAGAUAAAAAUGAGGUUGAAAAAAAAAUCAGAAGUUGUGCACUAUCUCCAUUAACAAAUGAAAAAUCAUCAUUCAAGGUAAUGAGAAAUCACAUUUCACAACAGCUCCCUCAUUUGGACACUCAAAUCCUUCCCUUUCCUCCACAAAAGUUCAUGCUGAAGUGAUUUUAUCUGAAACACAAGUAACCAUAAAGUUUACAAAACAAAUGCUUGUUCAAAACCAAGUAACUAGACAUGCUGGAAAGUGUAAAGGAAUGAACUUAACUAACCCUUUUCCUCCCCAAGUUAAGCUCCUGGAAAAUUAACCACAAACACAACCACUAUCAAUAUCAUAACACCCAAUUCAUCAUGUACAAUUCUGCAGUUGCAGCUUCUUGAUAUUGGCUCGUAGCUUCGGCACCUCCACUCUAUUCAUUUCAAUUAUUUUUCUGUUCAAUUUUUACUCUGAAUCAAGGAAAAUAAAAAACAAGUCGUGAGGCCAAUACUUUGAAACAACAUGUCAAACUGUGAUAUAAUGUGAAAAUAUAUGAAAUCAAGAAAACUUCUAUGUAGAUACUAGUUCUUUUUUACUUACCUUGGGUAGGGGUUCAAUAUAGCUUUCAGGGAUCUCCAUCUCCAAUAGGGUUUGUGCAUUUAUGGCCAUCGCUGAUUUAAGUACUUGAUUCAUAAAAUCUUUUUGAUACUGCAGAAACCUUCUCACCGCAUCAGAUAAACCCUCUGCAGGAACCUUAGGUGUAGGUAACCACUACUUGUCAUCAUUUUUUCUCUUUGAACUAUCUUUAUCUGCAUCUUUUGAUACAUAGUAGAACUCAUUCUGGUCUUUGAAGUUAUCUAGACAAUCCUGCUCAUCAUCAACAAUUUGUUUUAGGAGCUAACAACCGAUUAAGACAUAUCUAUAGAAAAAUAAUGAUCAUUUUGGUUAGUGAUCUUACAAUAAGCAUGUUGUCAAGCUUUCUUAAGGCAGGGAUAUUCAUAUGGAGGUUUGUUGUCGCGUAGUCUUAAUCUAUUCAUUCAAAGAUGAUGAUCAAUCAUAUAGCAACUAUCAUAGGGACAAUAAGGAAAAUUGGAAAAGUAGGGUGAGUGAGGAGGGUUACCUCCAUGUUGGAUCCAUCUUUUGAUUUUUGUUGAGUAUGAACCAUCUCAACAACAUAAUCUGUCACUGAUAGAAGCAAAUCGAUUUCCUUUCUCCAUCUGGCUUUCCUCUCGGGAAGCAUCGGCUCUAGGCACUUUUGUUCACAAAAAACAGCAGCUGCAUUCUCAGCAAGAAAACAAUGAGAAACUGACAAGAGCUAUUUGAAACAUUUCUUCUAUCAAGAGCUCAUGAAAAUGGAAGUAACAUCAUAAUGUUUAUCCAUCAUUAUUCAAGCAGAAGUCAACAUACCAGCAAGGUUUGGGAAUGCACUUGACAGUGCUAGAGCUGAUGAAACACCCUUUCCUCCACUAGACAUAUCCUCCCCCACUAGCAAUUUAACAAAUCUCUCCUUCAUUUGUUCCAUUUCUGAAUUGCUGAAGCUUAGUUAUAUUUAUAGACACGAACUGCAAACACCAAUUAAAAACUAAACCCAAAACUCAUACUUCUCUAUGCAAUCUUGCGAUUUAGUAUUUCAAACAUUAAUAAUGAGGUAUAGAGAUAGUGCACGCUAAAAUGACAAAACUAAUAUAGAGUUAGACAUAUCUCUAAUAGUGCACGCUAAAAUGACAAAACUGCAGAUAAACAUAUGAAGAAACAGAACAUUUAAGCGUAAGAUAUAGAGAUAGAGCAAGAAGAUGCAUACCUAACAUGACUCAACAAUCGAUGAAGGACGUUAACGACGCGGCAGAGAGAGCGUGACAGAGAACAGCGACUUCGACGAAGAACGACGACUUUGUCGAGUGGGUGACGAAGUUCCAAGGUGCACUGCGACUUCGAUGGAAGAGAAGGCCUGGGUGAGGAAGCAAAAGCGUCGAGAGGGAUUGCGACCUUGGGUGAACGGCGUGGAGCUUAAAAUAAAAAAUAGAUAUAUCCUAAAUUAAACCUAACUAUUCAAAUCUGCCUAAAAUCAACAUCCAUAUCAGUCCGAUCUGCAGAAUCGUCGAGGAAGAAGCGUGAACCGUGGCCACGCAGUUGCAGUUGCGGCCUCCUCCUUUCUCCACGAAGCUUCCUCUGCGGCUCGCUCCGUCUCAAAAUUCUCCGCACUAAAUUCGCUGGUGGGAGAGAGGGACAUGUCGAUGAAGAGUGGGAGGGAAGGACAGGGAAACGAGAGAGAAACGAGAACAGAUCAGAGCUUCGACGACAGGUCGAUGGAGUGUGGAGAGUGGGAUAAAGUGUGGGAGGGAGAGCGGCGCAGCAGGGGACGGUGGCGGCACGAUGGGCUGCAGCGGUUGGGAGAAGGAGCACAGCGGUUGAGAGAUUGAGGUAGCAGAUCGAGAGUGGUAGUGGAACAAAAAUAAGGGUUUUACGGGAUUUGGGUUAAGUGAGUGGUUCUAGUGGAAAGUAAAUAGCAAUAAAUCGAAGACAAAACAUAAAUCUAACCUGAGCCUAGUGGAAAGUAAUUUUGAAAUAGCUUAAGGUACCUGGGUUCGAAUCUCAUGUGGAACAAUUACUAAAUCUAGAAUUAAUUUUUCACUAAAUUUUUACAGCGGUUUUAUCAUAAACGCUGUAAAUAGUGGAACAAAACAUAACCGCUGUUAAUAGUAAUGGCUUUUACAGCGGUUCAUAUAUCGACCGCUGUAAAAGCCUAUAAUCCGCUUCGUGUUUCUGUCUUUACAGCGGCUACAAAACUUAACCGCUGUUAAUAGUAAUGGCUUUUACAGCGGUUUAUAUAUCAACCGCUGUAAAAGCCUAUAAUACGCUUCGUGUUUCCGUUUUUACAGCGGCUGCGAACUCAACCGCUGUAAUUGGGGCGUUGUAAAAGCCACUUUCUGGUGUAGUGGGGAGAGACCAUCGAAAACCAGUCCGCCAUCGACAUCUGGCAGCAGGCCGACCGCCCAAACACAAUCAUGAAACCAAAGCCAAAGCGCUAGGGUCAACUCACGGAAAUAAGUCUUACACCUUCCUCCCAUUAAUCCGCCAUAUGUCAGAAGAGCACCUGGUAGGCCUAAGACAUAGAGGAACAAGAAGAAUGAUGAACCCAAAAAUCCUUACAAGCUUGCAAGGAACCAGUCCAAAGUAAGGUGCACUAGAUGUAAGAAGUUGGGUCACAAUGUCAGAACAUGCGGUGGUAAAACUGGAGCAGAUAGGGAAAUCCCAAAAGGAGGAAACAAG